AUGUUGAUCAAGGAGUAUCAUCACGAUGUUCCCACAACCGCAGACGGCAAUGGCUCAAUGCGAAUAUAUGUUUUCCAUCCCACCAUUCCGGGGUAUCCCAACGCGCGUUUCCCUGGUGUCGUCGUAUUCAGUGAGAUUUACCAGGUAACCGGUCCCGUCGCCCGCUUCGCCCGCCAAAUCGCCGGACAGGGAUACAUCGCUGUUGCGCCAUCGAGCUACCACGAGUUCACGGGGCCCGAAGCACUAAGCUAUAACGCCGAGGACACAGAUAAGGGAAAUGAGUGGAAGAUCUCAAAAAAACUCUCCGCCUACGACGAAGACGCAACCCUAUCCGUCUCGUAUCUGCUUAGUCUCCCAACAUGCACAGGCCGGGUGGGGGCCACGGGGAUGUGUCUAGGUGGACAUCUCGCGUACCGGUGUGCGCUGGAUAGCAGAGUCCAAGCAGCCGUGUGCUAUUUCGCGACGGAUAUCCACAGCCGUACGCUGGGGAAGGGCAAGGACGAUGAUUCGUUGAAGAGGGCGGGGGAUAUUAAGGGAGAGCUUGCUAUGAUCUUUGGCAAAAGCGAUACGCAUGUUCCCCCCGCAGGACGGGACUUGAUCCGUUCUACGCUCCAUGAGAAGGGUGUCUUAUUUAGUUUCUAUGAGGUUGCUUGGGCUCAGCACGCGUUCAUCCGCGACGAGCUCAGCAAAGGGCGUUACGACCCGGCUAUUAGCAAGGUGUGCUUUGAGAUGCUUCUAGAAGUAUUUGGACGAACCCUUAAGAUUGAUCUGGGCGAGCAUGAUGGGAAGGAGGUGAAGGUUGAGGAUGUUUGUUAG